AUGGUAUCUGUUAGCCAUAGAGCCGUAAGCCCAAAUAACACGCUACAAAACAACUAUAUUAUAUUAAUCGAUAAAAUAGAUAUUCUGAAUAUAAUGUUUUCUGAUAAAGUUGUUAUUGUAACUGGCGCAAGCUCCGGCAUCGGAGCCGAAACUGCCGUGGAGUUUUCUAAGCUAGGAGCCAAUGUCGUAAUAACGGGACGGAAUAAAUCAAAAUUAGACAGUGUUACAAAGUUGUGUGAAGAGAGUUCCCCGAAAAAAUUAAAGCCCGUACUUGUCAUCGCCGAUAUGAACAUCGAAAAUGAUAUUGAAAGCGUAAUGAAAACAACUAUAGAUAAUUUUGGAAAGUUGGAUGUAUUGGUUAAUAAUGCGGGCGUUUUAGAAGCUGGAACAAUAGAAACUACUUCUUUGGAACAAUAUGACAGAGUCAUGAAUACAAAUGUUCGUGGUCCGUAUUACUUAACAAUGCUGGCUACCCCUCACCUCAUUAAGAGUAAGGGGAAUAUCGUCAAUGUUUCAAGCGUCACCGGAAUGAGAUCUUUUCCCAACGUACUAGCUUAUUGUAUGUCAAAAUCUGCUCUCGAUCAGUUCACUAGAUGCGUUGCACUUGAACUGGCACUAAAGGGUGUUAGAGUUAAUGCCGUCAACCCUGGCGUAAUAACGACAGGUUUGCAUAAGAAAGGUGGAAUGAACGAUGAACAAUAUGAAGAAUUUCUAAAGAAAUGUGCUGAAACUCACGCUAUAGGUCGAGCAGGUAACGCAAGUGAAGUAUCAGCGGUUAUAGCAUUUCUAGCUAGUGACGCAGCCAGUAAUAUUACAGGAGCAACGCUACCUGUUGAUGGAGGUCGUCAUGCCAUGUGUCCCCGA